AUCAGCCAUAUGAGCGCUUGUGGAAUCAUAUUUACAGUUUCUUUGUACGUUAUGUAGGAAAUCCAACAUGGCGGCAGGCCUGAACCUCCAGCCUCAGACCGUCGACGGUCGCCUGACCCUUGACCUGACUAACCAGGGUCUGACGUCCAUACCGGAGGAGGUGUUUGAUAUCACUGACCUGGAGGCUCUAGAUUUGUCCAAUAACAAACUAACCAGCAUCCCGGAAGCAAUCGGCCGUCUGCAGAAACUUUACCGUUUGGAGGUACAUGCCAACAUGCUGACAAGUUUGCCACAGGCGAUCGUCACCUUGCAGAAAUUGACACACCUGUACGUUUAUCGUAACAAGCUUGCCAACUUGCCUCCUGGGAUAGAGAAGCUGCAGAAAUUGACAUUACUGUCCAUUUUUGAUAAUCAGCUGACAAAGGUUCCACCUGGAGUUUGUAUGCUGCCUAGUCUUGAGGAGUUAGAUGUCAGUAAAAAUAAACUCUCCACCUUCCCUCCUGGUGUGGAAAAGCUGCAGAAACUGAGAAAACUGUACAUUUAUGAUAAUCAGCUGACGGAGGUGCCCUCAGGGGUGUGCUCGCUCCCUAACCUUGAGGUGUUAGGUGUCGGUAAUAAUAAACUCUCAACCUUCCCUCCUGGUGUGGAAAAGCUGCAGAAACUGAGAGAACUGAACAUUUAUGGUAAUCAGCUGACGGAGGUACCCCCAGGCGUCUGCUCGCUCCCUAACCUUGAGGUGUUAAAUUUCGGGAACAACAAGCUCUCCACCUUCCCCCCUGGUGUAGAAAAGCUGCAGAAACUGAGAGACCUGUACAUUUAUGAUAAUCAGCUGACGGAGGUACCCUCAGGGGUGUGCUCGCUCCCUAACCUUGAGGGGUUAAGUGUCUACAAUAAUAAACUCUCAACCUUCCCUCCUGGUGUGGAAAAGCUGCAGAAACUGAGAGAACUGUACAUUCAUAAUAAUCAGCUGACGGAGGUACCCUCAGGCGUGUGCUCGCUCCCUAACCUUGAGGUGUUAAGUGUCGGUAUGAACCCCAUCAGACGUCUCCCCGAUGACGUCACACGACUCACCAGGCUGAAGACUCUCGGUGUCCCCAACUGUCAGUUUGAUGAGUUCCCCAGACAGAUGCUGCAGCUGAAGACACUGCAGAAACUGUACGCUGGCGGUUGCAAGUUUGACAUGGUCCCAGAUGAAGUGGGAAACUUACAACACCUGUGGUUCUUGGCAGUAGAAAAUAACCUCCUCAGAACCCUGCCGAGCACCAUGAGUCACCUGCACAACCUACGGGUGAUCCAACUCUGGAACAACAAGUUCGACACGGUCCCAGAAGUCCUGUGUGAACUACCUGCCAUGGAGAAACUGGUCAUAAGGAACAACAACAUCACCAGGCUCCCAACCGUCCUUCACCGAGCAGACAAGCUGAGGGACUUGGAUAUUUCUGGAAACCCCCUGACAUACCCUCCACAAGACGUGUGUAAACAAGGGACCGGCGCCAUCAUGGCCUUCCUGAAACAGGAGGCUGAGAAAGAAGGAGCCAAACGAGCUGGACAGGAGGAGGUGAAGGGAUCGACAGCAGGCAGAGGAACUGAGGAAGUCCAAGUCGCACCUGUACAAGUCACACCUGUUAAGGCAUCACGACAACCUGACAUCAUGGAGCCCGCUGCAGAGACCGAGCUGGAGAGGAAGUUACGGGAGAGAAGGGAGAAAAGUGUCCGGAUGGAGCAACAAGUCAGCCAACAAAAGGACCAGACUGCAGAGAGAAUGGACAAAAGUAAAGGCGCGGCACCACUACCACCCCAGGCAGCAGGUACGAAAGCAAGGGCUGGUCUGGCGCAGAAACAACCGCCAACGUUAAAACUGACUGGAGGCAACACCGCACAAGGUAAUGACGGCACGAUGUAG